GCCAAAUUCCGAUAAGGUGUCGAGUGUCGAAGUAUACAAUGAUCGUGGCAGUAUGGGCGUUUAUUUGGAUUGCUAUCACGGUGCUAGUUCGUCGGUUGUGGAACAGAAAAGUGCAGUUCGCUAAAACAAUCCCCCGUGCUGAGCCUUACUAUCCCGUGUUGGGGAAUCUCCCAAUGGCUCUGGGAAAAUCGUCGAAUGAAAUGUUUCACGUACUGCACGAGUGUUUCCAGAAGCACGAUAGGCUUUUCACGCUACACUUCGGACCGCUGGUGGCCGUCGGUGUGACGCAUCCAGAACUGAUACAAACAGUUUUGAAUCACCCCGACUGUCAGGAGAAACCCGAUGUGUACAAAGUGGUCAGGUUGCCAAAAGGACUGUUGGCUUCGAGAUAUGAAACAUGGAAAGUGCACCGGAAAACACUGAACUCGACCUUCAACAUUCGAAUACUGUACAGUUUUCUGCCGAUUUUCAAUGAUUGUUCGAGGAAAUUGAUCAAUCGAUUGAAUAGAUAUGCCGAGACUGGAGAAAUUUGUAACGUAUUGGAGUACAUCUCCGAGUGUACCUUGGAAAUGAUCAGCAGAACUUCGCUCGGCGGCAAGGCACUGGAACGAGAAGGAAGACAGGAAUUUAUCGAAAAUUUGGAAGUUGCCCUCACGACCCUCGGCAAACGAAUUUUCAACGUCCUGCUGCACAACGACUUGAUUUACCGCUUCACCGAACUGUACCGCAACGAAAUGAAAGCCAUCAGCAUUUGUCAUCAGUUCACCGAUAAGAUUAUUGCCGAGAAACACAUCGAACUGGGCUCCCACGCAGGGGACGAGAAUGGAAACGUGAUUGGCAAAAGUUUUCAGAACGAAGACGCCCAGGAGGGUGAUUGCUAUCGCCGGCCGCAGAUUUUCAUCGACCAGUUGAUGAAAAUGCCUUUGACGAGCGCCGGGGCGUACAGUUUCACCGACCAGGAGAUAUCUGAUCACAUCUACACUAUGAUUGUGGCGGGAAAUGAGACCUCUGCCACACAGUUGGCGCAUACUUGUCUGUUGCUGGCCAUGCAUCCGGAGGUCCAAGAAAGAGCAUUUCAGGAAGUUAAUGAAAUAAUUACUUCGGCAGAUCUGUUCGCUGAUAUGGAUGUGCUGAAAGAGCUGGUUUAUGUGGAAGCUGUACUCAAGGAAGCGAUGAGAUUGAUGCCGGUUGCUCCUAUCAUUGCGCGGGAAAACCUCCGGGAUGUAGUGUUAGACGGACGGACAAUUCCUAAAGGUACUCUGCUGCUAAUGAACUUUUAUUCGCUACAUAGAAGAGAGGAUAUUUGGGGUAGUACAGCCGAACAGUUCGAGCCACAACGCUUUCUUGGAGAUGAAGCAAAACAGCGACAUGCCUACGCACAUCUUCCUUUCAGUGGAGGACCACGUGGAUGUAUCGGCUACAGAUACGCAAUGAUGAGUUUGAAGAUGCUGUUGGCUUUCAUUCUGAAAAAUUUUAAACUAUCCACACAAAUGAGCUGCAAAGACAUUAAGUAUCAUUAUCAGAUAUCGUUAAAUUUAGCUUGUUCGCAUGCCGUUCGAUUAGAGAAAAGAUUAUGAAAUGGUAUGUUGGUUUAUCAUCUGAAACAUUAAAAAACUA